GGAUGCAGUUUUUGGAGUGAAAGAGGAGGAGGAGGAGAUGACUGUCACAUCGAAGAAGGAAGACGAGGAAGAAACUGGAUAUCUGGGCCCGGUUUCCCAAGGGCAUCAUAAGGCGUCCAAUGGUGCUAACGAUGAACAUGCCCUGAUUAACACUCGAGAGAGGCGGGACCAUGAAGCUGACAAGGCAGAGAAGAGUCUCUCCAGAUCAGAACUCCUCAAGAAACACCAGCAGAGACCCACAGGGAAGAGAACUCACUGCUGCUCUGACUGUGGGAAGAGAUUCACCUAAUCAGGCAUUAAAAUUCAUCAGAGAACACACACAGGAGAGAAAUCUUAUAGCUGUGAUCAAUGUGGGAAGAGUUUUAUUACAUCUAACAUUCUGACUCAACACAAGAUAACACACACUGGAGAGAAAUCUUAUAGCUGUGAUCAAUGUGGGAAGAGUUUUGGUCGAUCUGGAGAACUGACAGUGCACCAGAGAAUACACA